UUGUUAGCUCAUGUCUGAUAGUUCUAGUCAAAAUACACAAGAUUAAGAACUAGUGAUAAGUGACAAUGUUCAAAACAAGUUUGGCUUUCAGAUGGUUCAGCAUGUUAUUUAUAUUCUUUUUACUUCAAAUCGGCACCUCAUGGGUGUUCUGCGAGGAAAACUGUAUAGCUGAAAGACAAGAGAAAAAGGUGCUUUUUGACUUUACGACGAUCCCUUCCCUGUCUGGGUGGAGCGAACUUUCAGAUACGGUGAGGGAAGUAGGCAAGUCCAAAGCGGCAUUCCAGAUCCAAAAGACCCUUCAGUUCCAAAGGGCGAUAUUUUUCACACUGUUGAACCCGCAGCCGAACGGCGCGGGCUUUGCCGGCUUCAGGACCGACGUCCAGUUGGACUUGUCGAACUUCACAGCAUUGGCCGUCAAGCACAGGGCCCAGGGGCAGAACUUCUUCUACAAAGUGUGCCUAAGGCACCGCGGUCUCAACAGGGAGCCACACGUCUCCUAUGAGCAGAUAUUUGAGGCCAACAAGGAAUUUGGCUACACCUUUCUACCAUUCUCGAAUUUCUUGCCUUUCUACAGAGGGAAGAAACAGGAUCCGACCAAAGUCGGCUUCCUCGACACGGCCAAUAUCACCAAUUUUGAGUUUCAAAUUUUUGGUGGGGUUUACCUACCUCUUAAACAGUCAGGAGCAUCCUCACUAGAAAUAGAUACAGUCGAGGCUGUUUGAUUUUAUUUCAAUACAAACCGAUGUAGUCUCAAUUUUACAAAUAUUAAAACUUUUUUAAAAAUACUAUUAACAAUUCAAUAGUAGAUUCUAUUUUUAUAACUUUUUUAAAGGCUAAAAAUAUCAAAGGUUAUCAUCGCCUUUGCACUACCAGUGGUUUAUUGGAAAUUAUGGAAAUUUAUGAAAAAAGAGAUUUUUCAUUUUUAGACUUU